AUGCUGGGACAAAAGAAAGCCAGAGCCAGAGAUAUUAAAGGUUUUCUCAAGAGAAAUGCUUUUGUUCUUCUCACUGUCGCUGCUAUUGUCACAGGGAUUGGCCUGGGCUUUACUCUGCAGUCCACUAACAUGACAGCCAGAGAUAUAAAAUACUUCACCUUUCCUGGAGAGCUGUUGUUACAGAUGCUACAGAUGCUGGUGCUUCCUCUCAUCACCUCCAGUCUGGUUUCAGACAUGUCAUCUUUGGACAAGAAGGCUAAUGGGAAAAUGGGGCUCUGGGCUCUCUGCUAUUACAUAAUAACGACAGUCAUGGCUGUGUUCACUGGAAUCAUACUGGUUGUUCUUAUCCAGCCGGGGAAAUCAACCGGGAACACCUCAGCGUCCUCUGGUGGUAAAGUUGAAGUAGUGCAGACUAUGGAUGCCUUUCUGGAUCUGAUCAGAAACAUGUUUCCGUCAAAUCUGGUGACUGCUUGUUUCAUAAAGUAUAAAACAGUUUAUUCCAAAAUCCCAAGUCACAAUGUCAUCAAUCUGACUCAAAAAAACGACACAGUGCCGAUGACAGCAACCACAGACGGGGUGAAUAUUUUGGGUUUACUGCUUUUCUGUAUCGCCUUUGGCCUCACCCUGGGCAGUAUGGAGAAUGAGGGAAAACCUCUGACGGACCUUUUUGAUUGCCUGAAUAAAGCCACCAUGCAUCUGAUCAGCAUCGUCAUCUGGUAUUCCCCCGUGGGAAUCCUCUUCUUGGUUGGAGGACAGAUUUUGAGGCUGAAAAGCAUUAAAGUUAUUGGUCUCCAGCUGGCCAAAUAUGCUCUCACCGUGACCUUUGGCCUGAUGAUCCACAGCCUCCUCACCCUUCCCCUCAUCUAUUUCGUGGUCACUCGUAAGAAUCCCUUCAGUUUUAUGUUUGGUCUCUUCCAGGCUCUCACCACUGCCUUUGGGACUUCAUCGAGUUCUGUGACUCUACCUGUCACAUACCGCUGCCUUGAGCAGAAUCUCAACAUGGACAAACGGGUGACACACUUCAUACUGCCUAUAGGGUCCACAAUGACCAUGGACGGCACAGCGCUUUAUGAAGCAGUCGCUGCCAUAUUCAUCGCACAAGUCCAUAAUAUGGAGCUGGAUGUGGGUCAAAUCAUCAUCAUCAGUAUCACUGCCACAGUUACUGCUAUCGGGGCCACAGGUAUCCCGCAGGGCGGCAUGGUAGCCAUGGCGAUAGUGUUGACAUCAGUUGGACUGCCCGUUGAAGGCAUUUCAUUUAUCGUCACUGUUGACUGGAUGCUAGAUCGUUUGAGGACGACCACCAAUGUGCUGGGUGACUGUAUCGGUGUGGGUAUAGUGCAGCAUCUCUCCAGACAUGAGCUGCAGAGCUCCGGUCCUGCAGAAGAAUGCUUAGUGGAAGAAAACAAAGUGAAACCUUCUAACUGA